CCGUAAGUGCCUACACUUCAGCUUUAAAGACUUCCAUCAUAGGCCAAACGGAGUUCCAACCCAAACUGCUUGCCUCUCGCACGAUUUCCAACGCGAAAACAGACGAAAUAUUCACUAAUCUUCUCAUACAACAUGGAAGAAAAGCCCUGAUCAGGAAUGACGAGACAUAUUAUUCAAGGAGUAAAGAGCUUGAGUACUACGGAAAAGUCAGCGGUACUCCAGUCAAGCACUGCAGUGAAAUAUUUCUUGGUGCGAUUGAUGAUCAGGAGAGUGCUAAUUCUAUUCUUGUCGUUGGAAAAGCAGGGAUUGGGAAAUCCCUGUUUUGCCAAAAGGUGAUUCGCGAUUGGGCCAACAACGAAUUAUUUCAAGCACGAGAAAACACUGAAAUCCCCAAUUUAAAAUUUGUGUAUUUGCUAUCUUUCCGUCAAUUGAAUUUGCUUGAAAAUAACUGUGUGACUUUAAGAGAAAUCUUAAAUUGGUCUUCGGUACUGGAUGACAAAUGUAACAUUGAUGACUCUACAUUUGAGUACAUUGUAAAGCAUCCCAAGGAAGUUAUGAUCAUCCUCGACGGCUAUGAUGAGUAUUCACAGCAAGACUACAUCGCUGGAAACUUAGAGGAGCAUCCCAAUGACGCUAGACGUAAAAUGCCGGUGGCCGCAUUAUGUUCAAAACUCAUCAAAGGAAAAAUCUUGAAAGGGGCUAUCGUCAUGAUUACCUCGCGACCUGAUGAAUCGGACAAGAUGGGAGGAAUCCGUUUUAAACGGUACGUGGAAAUUGCGGGAUUUUCGUCAGAACAAGUCAAGGAGUUCAUUGAGAAAUACUUCAAGAAAAACGAAAAUAUGAAGAACGCUGUACUUAAACAUGUCAUGAACAAUAGUGACCUUGUCAGUUUUGCUCAUAUUCCUAUGCUCUGUUAUCUGUUGUGCUUCGAGAUGGAGUAUACCCUAACCGAAUCAGGAAAUCGGGAUGACCUUCCUGUUUCAACAACCGACAUUUACACCAAACUUGUUGAUAUCUUUGAACUUAAGCACAACGCUGAGUCAGAAUAUAGACAGAAAGAAAUUCCUGAGAAAUUCAAGCCCCCUCCUGUUAUCAAGAACACGUUAGAGAAAUUAUCAGAACUAGCGGCUAAACUGCUGGUUGAAGGAAAGCCAACUUUUGAUGAAAGCGAGAUGGAAGGCAAUUUUGACGCGGAAGAAGUCAACAAACUGAAAGGUAGCGGUCUUCUUUACUGUGGUCAGCCUUUCAGGACUGCAUUGAUUAGAACCACGAAACACUUCAGCUUCACACAUCUCACCGUCCAAGAAUUCUUGGCCGCUCGUUGGUUUGUAAAGGAAAAUCGUCUUCCAGACGCGAAAUGCUCUAAAAUGGUUUUCCAAUUCAUGGCUGGCCUUUUGUCAACUGAGGGAAACAAGAAACUGAUGGAAAAAUUACUAGAUUCACCCUUCGUGGAUUCCUGUCUUAAAACGACGUGUCUGACUGAGUAUCAAAACAAAGAUUUCGCUAAAAAGUUCAUCAGGAAUAAUCCCCAAGCUUUUUGUAAUUUAGACGGCGUCAUGGCUUUUAACGGUUUAUCAGAUGUAGAUUGUAUUGGAGCAUCAUUUGUGUUGGACAUAAUGAGUGAACUAAAUAAAGAAGAAGCUGGAGAGGCACAACACAAAUAUUCUGAUAAGUUCGUCACAGUUCAGAAGUUAGAGCUGAGAAGAUCACGGCUAACACCGUCUGGAAUACAACGACUCUGUAAUUCAUUAAACAAUGAACACUGUCUUAUGUCUGAACUGAACUUAUCAGGGAGUAACUUGACUAAUAAGUGUGUAGAUGUUAUUAAUAGAUUAGUAGAAAGGAAGUUAACCACACUAAGUCUAAAGGAAAUUGGGAUCACUGAUACCGGUGUUGCCAGUCUGUGUAAAGCUUUACAGCAUUCAAGCUGUAAGUUAACCACAAUAAGUCUGGAGGACAUUGAGAUCACUGAUAUCGGUGUUGCCAGUCUAUGUGAAGCUUUACAGCAUCCAAGCUGUAAACUAACCACACUAGAUCUGGGGUUAAAAAGGAUCACUGAUACCGUUGUUGCCAGUCUAUGUGAAGCUUUACAGCAUCCAAGCUGUAAGCUAACCACACUAAAUUUGCGCUGUAAGCUAACUAUACUAAAUCUGUGGUAUUCUAGGAUCACUGAUACCGGUGUUGCCAGUCUAUGUGAAGCUUUACAGCAUCCAAGCUGUAAGCUAACCACACUAAAUCUGCAGGGUAGUUCUAUCACUGAUACCAGUGUUGCCAGUCUAUGUGAAGCUUUACAGCAUCCAAGCUGUAAGCUAACCACACUAGAACUGCGAAGUAGUUGUAUGACUGCUACCUGUGCUGCCAGUCUAUGUGAAGCUUUACAGCAUCCAAGCUGUAAGCUAACUACACUAGAUCUAGGGUUAAAUAGGAUCACUGAUACUGUUGUUGCUAGUCUAUGUGAAGCUUUACAGCAUCCAAGCUGUAACAUAACCACACUAAAUCUGGGUUACAUCACUGAUAUCUGUGUUGCAAGUCUCAGUGAAGCUUUACAGCAUCCAAGCUGUAAGCUAACCACACUAAAUCUGGAGGACACUGACAUCACUGAUACCGGUGCUGCCAGUCUAUGUGAAGCUUUACAGCAUCCAAGCUGUAAGUUGACCACACUAGAAAUGCCUUCGACUUUCAACCCUGCUAACCAGAAUGUCAAAAAGAUUCUUAUGAAACACUGGCACCUUAUUUCAGCGGUAAGUGUGUACACUACAGCUUUACAGACUUCCAUUAUAGGCCAAACGGAAUUCCAAUCCAAGCUGCUCGCUUCUCAGACGAUUUCCAACGCGAAAACAGACGAAAUAUUCACUUAUAUUCUCAUACAACAUGGAAGAAAAGCCCUGAUCAGGAAUGACGAGACAUAUUAUUCAAGGAGUAAAGAGCUUGAGUACAUGUACUACGGAAAAGUCAGCGGUACUCCAGUCAAGCACUGCAGAGAAAUAUUUCUUGGUAUGAUUGAUGAUCAGGAGAAUGUUAACUCUAUUCUUGUCAUUGGAAAAGCAGGGAUUGGGAAAUCCCUGUUUUGCCAGACGAUAAAAUCACAUAUCCUAAGUUACAAUAUAAACUCAAAAAACUAUUUACAUAUCAUAUCUAAAAAUUAUUCUGUUACUAAAAACGUUCUUAAACCUGUCAGUGUAGAUUCUAGGGACAGAGACUGA